AUCGCGCUUCUUCAAUGCAGUCCGAAAUCAAGGAAAUAGAAGGCGGAGGAGAUGGACUCGGUGUAAGUUGCAACCGCCAGAGAGUUGUGUGGCUGGGGCCCUGAUUGUGGCUGGUGAAUGUGGCGCAUGGGCCAGCCUUGAAUCAUGAGGCCGAUGGCGUAGCGUAGCGUGGUGAGCUCCGUCGCAACGUUUAAAUUAACCACCAUCAACUCACCCACGAGACGCAUCGCGCAUUCGACUUUUGAAUCAGCCAUACGAACCUCUGAGACCGAACUUUCUUCACGCACACGACUUCCCACGAACCGGCCCCCGCGCCAACCACUACCCAUCAUGAAGCCCGUCGUCAGUGCUACGAACGCAUGGUCAUGCGUCGUUGUCUCUGUGUUCGGCAUUGUCAUCCUGAGCGCGAUCGCCGGGUUGUACAAAUCUGGCCAUGAGGAGUUCACCGGCGGCAUUGAGGAUCCUCAGGACGGCAAGGCUGUGGCCGGGACCAUCUUUACGGCCGUCAUCGUCUAUGCUGUUUUCCUCGUUUUCUGCGGUUUCCAGGGUUUCCUCCACGUUCGCGAGAGCCGAAAGGGCGCGAUUGCUCUACAGUAGACGACACGGGCCUCUCGACAAGUGAAGGGGCAUGUUUUGCAAAGACUACCGGCGUUUGGGUCCUGAUUUGGCUAUUACAUACAAGUGGCAGGUUCC